AUGGUCAUAGAAAUGAUACUGGCCGUCCUAGUGGGAUGCUACAUCAUCUCUUCGUUGAUUUUGUUUAAAUUUCCCAUGCUGGUACACAAGAGGAAAGACGUGAAGUUCGUGUGUCGUCACAUCAGCCAUCGAGGAGGUGCAGGGGAAAAUUAUGAAAAUACAUUAUCAGCUUUCAGACAUGCAGUGGAGCUGGGUACUGACAUGCUGGAGCUGGACUGUCAGCUGACCAGGGAUGGCCAGGUUGUGGUAUCGCAUGAUUCUGUCCUUGAUGUGCGGACAGAAUUAAAGGGAGCAAUAUCUGAGUAUGACUACGCAGAACUUCCACCAAUCAAAGAGCACAUUCCUAUAGACUUCAUGCCUGGAACUUCAUUUUCAAGCAAGAGUGAAGACAGGAGAUUUCCACUGCUUGAAGAAGCGUUCCAACAUUUCCCGAGCACCCCUAUCAACAUUGACAUAAAAACUGACAAUAAUGAGCUCAUUGAAAAAGUUAGUGAUCUGGUCAAAAAGUAUGGGCGAGAACACAUAACAGUUUGGGGCAACAUCAAGGAUGUAGUGACAAGGAAGUGCUACAAAAUGAAUCCCAAUGUUUGCUUGCUCUUCAGCGCCAGGCGUGUGUGUGUCAUGCUCCUUCAGCUCUACACGGGAAUACUGCCAUUCAUGCCUGUCAAGGAAACUCACCUAGAAAUUUUCAUGCCAGCACAUAUGAUGAAAAUCUACAGCAGUCGUUUUGAUGUGAAAUGGUGGCACAUCCUUGUUGCAAAAAUUGCUAACACGCUACUUAUUAGGCGCUCUCUUUUUGAGCACCUGUCCAAAAGAGGAGUGCAGACAUACUUAUGGGUGAUGAACACUGAAGAGGAUUUCCGCUGUGCCUUUGAAACAGGAGCUACAGGGAUAAUGACAGACUAUCCCACUAAACUGAAGACAUUCCUUGAGGAGAAUCCUCAGUAUUGCCUCAAUCAUAAACUCAGCCUCACUUAAGGCUACCUUUCAUCUCUUCACAUGAUCACGUUUGGUUCACAUUAAGUGACAACAGUGGUUAUGAAGUGUUGAAUAAUCAUCUGUUACAUCCAUGUAAGUACAAGGAUACAUUGCAAUAGUUUUGGGUGCUGAUGCAUGUUGUGUUACAAAAAAUAAUGAACGUAUUUGUGGAGGUUGAUAGGCCUCCAAGAGCUUCUUUUUAUUUUUUCAUAAGUAUUUAAAGACUGUACUUAAGGCAGUGGUGCAGUAAUUUAUCAGGUUCAUGCCCCUCGUGAUAUCUGUUGUUCAUGCAGAAAUAAGAGUAUGAUAUGUAAAAUGCAAUCUAGAUUGAAAAGUCUUUAUCAGUGCCUAAUUUUAAGAUUGAAGUUUCCAUCUGUAUGUGUAUUUGAAAAGUAACUUUGUUUUAUAUUUUUUUCCUGUGUUUCAGUAUCUAACAAAUUACAGCUUGUCAUAGGAAGUAUUUAAAAUACUGAUCUAUAAUUUCCAUUAUAUAUCAGUAACUUCCUGCCUUAUUUUUUUAUGUAGUAUCAGUUGCUGAGAGCUUUAUCAAAUCAGUCACAUAAUUUAAGCACAGCAGCGCAACAGGACUUUGCUCACUCUGUAAUUCAACCACUUACGCAGCACUUAAACAAGACUUGCUAUUCAAAGGUACCAUUGGAAUAUUGCAUUGCUUUGGAAAAUAGAAAAUGUAGCCUGACAUGAUAAGUAGUAAGUAAUAAUGUAGUAAUAAAAGAAUUAUUAUUUAUUAUGGAUUCUAAUUAGUAUGUAAUAUGCAUUCAAUAAGACACUUAACCAGAUGGAAGCACUAGUAGAUGAUCACCAGCAUAUUUAGAAAGAUGAAACCCCCUCAUGUGGUUACCAUAGUAUGUAGUUAUUUAUUCUUCUUUCUGGUCAUUUGAGAAUGCUUUACCUCAGACUAUUAUAUUAUAUCUAUUACCUAUGUGUGUGGAAUUAUGGCUUCUGUUGACUUUAUGAAAAAUUAUUGAUUAGUUAUGUAAUUAUCUCAAAACUGCUCAUUGGAUGUCAGCCCAUGUCAUCAGUUUUAGCAAAUCAUGAGUGUCAAGUCAAACAAAUGUCAUAAUUAUAUAUGUAUAUAAGAAGUAAACAAAAGAUGAUCAAGGUUGUAGUAUCACCAUACUCAUAGGAUUACUGGUCACUACUUACACACAGCUAUUUAGUACAUGCUGAUUAUACAUUAGUCAACAACUCAUAAUUAGAUGUGUUUGGAAUAUUUUAAUCUUACUGGGAAGGUACAACAUAAUAUAGAGAAAAAGAAAUUGUAUUCUUCUCACUUUAGCAGCAGAUGUGUCCAAGUGGUGGUAGGAGCCACAAUAUAUUUGUGGAGUUUGGUUCAGUUUAAUGCAUUUUUCCUUGUGUUACAACAGACUUGACUAAAAUGACUGAGGAGACAAUAUAUCAUCAAAUAAUGUCUAAAUUAUUUUUUAUAUAUCAUGUGAUGAUUAUAUAUAAACUACAUAACUUUGGUAACUACCUGUUCUGGCUCAUGUUCAUGAUUUAAACCAAAUGCUUAAAGAUUUCAAACACUUAUCUUAGUUGUUGCAAUGGAAGUAAUGUAUUAUGAAUUCUUGAGCAAAAAGAUAGAGCAAAAAUGCUAGUACUCAUUGUUCCUUUUCAGAAGUUCUACAUCAUAUAAUUUUGGCUGCAGCAUAUGAAGACCAAUUCAUGCUUUUUUGUACAAAGCUGCUAUUGUCUUCCUGCUACUUUGUAAUCCAUUCUGUAAUCCUCAGGGGCAGUGGCAUGAGCAUAGUGUAAACCAAACAUGACUGCUUAUUAGAAUGCAAAAAUCUUAGCAAAGCAAAGCAGGCAAAUUACAUAAUUGCUUUUAUACUAGAAAUGGUGAAUGGUGUAUGCAAAUUAUAACAGAAGUGACUCAGUCUGUCAGUUGUUCAUUGCUUAAAGUCUGCUGUCUUCUGUGGAAGAUUUUAUUUAUUUAUUUAUUAUUAUUUAUUUGUAUACUAAUUAAUUUACUUCUGGUGCAAAAAUAUCAGUUUUCUCAUAACCAGUGAUCUAUGAAAGAGGAGGUAUUAGAAAUAGGACAUAUACAUAAUUAUUCUAGAAUUUUGGAAAAUAAUUCUAAUUUUUCUUGUAUAUUUGUAGAGUUCUUGCUAAUGCUUGACUUCUGAAUAUUUUGCAAGUAUGUAUUGGUGUAUAUCACAUUUUCAUGGGAGGCAUACUCACCUCAAUAUAUCCAAAGGAGCAUCAGUCAUUUAUAUUUCAGGUGAGAAUUAGAAUUUAACAUCAAUAAAAGUUCCAGUGAAUGUUUCUUAAGGAAAGUUGGGUUGUUUGAAGACCUAAAUAAAUGUGUACAGUACUGCUGUUUUCUUAGAUCAGUGGUUGUGAGAUUU